AUGGACGUCCUUAGCACCAUGUUUAACAACGCCCUAGCCUCUGGGAUCCUUCAUGGAAUUGCUCUUGGGGACGACAACGAAAGAGUUUGCCACCUUCAAUUUGUAGAUGAUCUCCUUGUUAUGACAACAGGGGGCGGAGAGGAUCUGCGUAUCAUUAAAUUAAUCCUAUUUUUAUUUGAGGGCCUCUCUGGGCUGCAAGUCAAUUUCAGCAAGACAUGCCUGUAUUCAACCCAGAAAAAUUUGGAGCUUCCUACCCAUCUGCCUAAUUCAUUACAAUGCAGUAAGGGAGUUCUGCCUCUAACCUAUCUGGGUGUACCGAUCUCUGGUGGUCGCCCAAGAAGACAAGAUUGGGAAAUCUUAAUUAGCAAAGUAUGUCGUAGACUAGCGGCUUGGAAGUCCAAACUACUCUCUCUUGGUGGACGACUAACUCUCUUGAACUCUGUGCUCUCCGCUGUCCCAACUUAUUGGAUGUCAAUCUUUAAAUUGCCUUGUUGGGUUGCUAAAUCGAUUGAUGCCAUUCGAUAUGAUUUUCUCUGGUCGGGGCCUGAUGGUCAGCAUGCGAAAAUGAGAUUAGUCAAUUGGUCAAGGAUUUGCAGGUCCAAAAAACAGGGAGGUUGGGGGAUCCUAAACUUAACCACUUUUAAUAACGUCCUGCUUGUUCUAGAUUCGAAGAAGGCUAGAUUAGAGGAACCAGUGGCUAAAAUCAAGCGCAGCCUUGAUUUUCUCUCAUCGAGGGACGUGACACAGAGCGUCCCCCCUGAGACCUCCCCAAACCCUGGUGAGAUGUAG